UAAUGCAAUUUUACAAAUGUCAGCGCCCAUAGGUGGACACCCACUAACAUCUCGAAAGUACAUGCAUGUUUCACAUAAUGGACCAUUUGGGAAUAAUUAUCGCACUCAUAACUUUUACGGUAUCUGUCAUUUAUUUCCUUAAAUAUUUUAAUGUGUUUAAGAUGAUGACAAGACCAGAUUCAAGUAUAAAAUUUAAGAAAUGUGAGAGUCCUGGGUGUGUCAGAUGCAACUUGUAUGAUGAGGUUUUGACAGAUGCUGCAGAUCGCCUAGAAAAAUUGUGCCAACACAGCACAGACAAGCAAGACUUACAUCAAGAUUUAAAACGGAUAAAGAAUUCAUUCAAAACCAAUAUUCCUACAAGAUCUGAGCAGAAACCAGAAGUAUUCUAUCUGCAUGGCCUUACAGCUAUGCCAUGGUGGACUUCCAGCUUUCACUUUGCAACUGAUGUAAAAAUAUUGGAAGAUAAUUUCAACGUAAUUUGUCAAGAAUUCUUUCAAGUGAAUUCAGACUCCCGUGCUUUUUGGAAGGUCAACAGCACUCCGAAUGGUCAAUGGAAAGUCCUACACUUGGUAAAUCAGGGUAAAGUGCAGAGAGACAUGGUUGAUUUGUGUCCAAAAACAUUUGAUAUUGCUUCCUCUCUUCAAUCUCUCAUGACAAAAAACGUGUUUGCAAAUGUGGCUUUCUCAGUUAUUGAACCAGGAACUGUCAUAACAGAACAUUAUGGCCCAACAAACACCAGACUGAGGUGUCAUUUAGGUUUAGUGACACCCAGCAGUUGCCACCUGUGUGUGGCUGGAUCUUGCUGUGAUUGGAGGCGGGGGGAGUGUCUCCUAUUUGAUGACUCCCACCUUCACAGUGUUGUACACGAGGGAGACCAGUGGAGAGCUGUCUUUAUGGUAGAUCUGUGGCAUCCACAUGUGACUAGACCAGAAAGAUCUGCCAUCGACAUAAUUUUCAAAUCAGAAUCAUAAAAUAUUAGAGAAAAACUA